UGAUUUUUAUGUACAAAUAUAUUAAUGUUGAUUAUUUUAUUCUGUUUUUUAGCCUCUUUAAUAUCGGAACAUAUUAUAUCUACUUAUUCCACAAUAUGAGCCAUGCAGAAAUAUUUUUAGGACUAGAAAAGGCUUCACAAAAGCACGAAAAGGAAAUUGUUAUUGAACUUCCAUCUGAUCGAUUUCUACAUUUUUUGGGAGUUUAUUUUUUGGUUCUGCUGGCAAUUGUAACGAAAAUUUCGGAAGUGGCUGGUGCAAAGUUGUCAUGUUUCCCCGUGACAAACACUCAUAACGUGAAAGGAAGUUUUAUAAAAUAUGCGAACGUUUAUUGCUGGGAAUCUUCAAACACUAUCUUGCAUGUGUCGAACAACACAUCCAACGACGUUGGAUCAUGUAUUAUACUCGAAGAUCAACUUAAAAUAACUGAUAACAUGUUUUUAUCAAAUCCAACUUUCAUCAAAAGAUUUAUCCAAUGGCUUCCUUACUGCAUGCUCUUAGAGGCAUUUGCGUUUGCUCUACCUUCUGCUUGGUGGCAUUUUAGAGUUGGUGCAAGAAUGAUGGGACAUUUGAAGUUUGUCAAAUUACUUUUACAAGAUGUUUAUGAGAAUUUGAUGAAUAUUCCCGGAGGAAUCUACAUGAAUGAAUCAUACAGCGAAAAUGUGGGAUUGAUGAGAAGCAGUGAAAACAGAGCACAACAACCGGAUCCAGAGAAGGGAAAUUGUGGAUGUUGCACGAAAAAUAUCAAGGCCCAGAAAGAUUGCAAUGAUGAAAACUCACCGGCACGUUUCCUCGGAAUUUCAGAUAGAGAUUUAUUUUCCACUCUUUGUCACGAAAACCUGUCAUCUUUCUCUCAACAUCCAUAUGUCGCAUCGAUUUUUCAACUUGCAAUAUCGCAGUAUGACACAAUUGGGAAAAACAAUGAAUUGCCAAUGAAGAGUGCUUUACUUCGACAUUGGUGCCAUAAAAAUAACUUCAAUAAAAGUGUUAUCGUUAAAGAAUAUUUUAUAAGUCGAAUAAUCGGAAUCUUAGUUGCUGUAAUAUCGUGCUGCUUAGUGACUGUUGUCCUAGUCUACCUGGUUAACAGCGGUUGGAAUACGGAAAGUUUUCUAUGCGACGUUCUUUAUCACGAAAAUGUAUGUAUGUUAUGUACAAUACCAAGAAAGGCGGAAACAAUUGGAUUAUUUCUCGUCAAUGCAUUUAUUUGUUUUUUAUACUUCACUACGUCUAUUUGUAGUUUCGGCUUCUUAUUAAAUACUAGUACUUCGGCCACUACAGAUUACUUUAAUUUUUUCAACGAUAAAAACACUGUGGCAUUACUUGCAGCUUAUUUUGCAAACAAGCAAAAGAAUGAUUGAAUGAUUACAUGUGCAUCAGAACAAAUGAUUCUUUUUAUUUAUAAAAUAUAUUAUCGUACUAAAAUUAUCACUUAUUAUCGGCAAAUAGAUUUCAUAAAAUAGAAUUGUUCAGCCUAAUAAUAUAUAAACCAGGGUUGCUGGCCGUUGAGUUGGAGCAAGGCUCCAUCUGACUAUUAACCGUUCAAAAAAAAUUGAUGUACGCCGUCUCUCAAGCCGUUUACAAAUUUCUUACUGCCAUGGCGGCAUUUUGCUCCGAGUUCAAACAAGUAUGACUAUGAAUCUAGCUCCCGACUCUAAGAUAACCAAAUUUCGACCAAUGAAACCUGCUCGUAUGCGUGACUGUUUAGUUUAUGUUUGAGAAAUGUUACUCUUACACCUCCUAUUUAAAAGUAUGAAAUAACGACUUAUGUAGGCUAUAAUUUUUAUUCCACUCCGACCCCAUACUUGCUGUUUUAGUUUUUAAUUCACAAUGUAGCGGCCAUGAUUCUAAACGGUGACCGCUAUUAUUGUAACUAAACUGGCAACGGUAACUUAGGGCAUUGAACCCUGACCAUUUUGGUGUUGGCGGGAUCUCUUUCGGCGUGAGCCGCUUGGAGGUAGGACGUAUAAAUUUGUAUCUUAAUCAAUCGGGGGACUUUUGGUAUUAUUAAUUAGGCGUAGUUUAAAUUUACAUCAUAUAAUUCUAUUUUCCUGUUUCAUAUAGUUAUUAUUGGUCCCUCCUGUGUAAUAGCACUGUAUUUUAC